AUGAGCUGCUUCUGCAUGAGCAACGGCCAGGUGGCUGUGGCUCCAAUGGAUGAAGCCAUCAUGAAGAAGGGCGCCGACAUCAAGAGCAAGGUCGUUGGGGUGGUCGGCCACAAGGAAGAGGCGCACAAGGACGAUGUCCCCCACAAGACCCACAAGAGCACCGGUGGCAGCCAGGCGCACUCUUUCGUCCGCCACCUCAUCCACACGGCCGAUGCCAGGAGCCAGCUCGAGCAGCUGCUGCACGAGAACUACCUGACCUCGGGAGGCGACGAGAACGUCAAGUGCUUCUUCCGCGAGCAGGGCUUCCAGACCGGCAUCUCGAACGUCAUCAAGGCUCUGGAGCACGACAAGGCCAACGACCUGAUGUUCUGGGCGUCCAGCUACAACCUGUUCGUGACCUGGUCCGUCAACGGCCAGCACCCUUGGGACAACGUCUCCAACGCCAGCAAGCCCGCCGCCACCCUGGAGAUCGGCUCGCUGCGCGGCACCAACAAGACUGUGGUGCUGAUCAAUGGCCAGGAGAUCAAGGACUACUCCUUUGCCAACGGCAUCUUCCGCACCACCACCCCGGUGGUCUUCGAUUGCCCCACGGGCGCGGCGGUGCCGGUCAACCUGGAGCUGCAGAUGAGCUCUUUCAGCGGAUAUGAGAGCGCCGAGACCUCCACCUACCUCGGCACCCAGUGCCACGGCGUCAUGUGGCCUGAGAUCUCUGCCCUGCCCGCCGCAUGGCCCAUCGCUCCCCCAAUAGUCUCCGGCAAGGUGAACAUCGCAUCGCGCGAGGCGGCGGCGGUGCCGGCUGCGAUUGACAGCCUGGCGGAGUACAGCGGCGUCUAUUCGACGGUGUUCCUGCCGGCCGCCAACGGCAACGCUCCGCGCAACAUUGAGCUCACCAUCUCAUCCUCCAAGUCCGGCCGCCCGGUGGUGGCCCUGAACGGCAACAAGGUGUCCGGAUGGACCUUUGACGCCAACAAUGUGCUGGCGUUCGAGCACCAGGCCGGCUACAGCGCGUGGCUGCAGUUCACUGUGCUGCCCGGCGGCCCCCUCUUCAUGGGCACCGUGGCGCCCUCCAACGCAGAGGGCUAUGUCUCCGACGUCGAAUUCCAGGUGUUUGGCGAGCCCAGGGGCCAGGCCAGCCGCGCGCUGCCGGACGGUUCCAUGGACAACACGAUGGGCCAGCUGGCAGGAGUGGGCAUGGGCGCUGCAUCCGCCAUUCUCUUCGCACACCUGCUCAAGGGCGCCGCACUGAUCUGGGAGGAGCUGCGCAAGGGAGCCAGCCCGGACCUGCUCGCCAGCGAGCAGGACGAGCUGCUGGCCGGGAUGGAGGCGGCCUUCCGCGCGCUCAAGCGCCUGCAGAAGGCUGCCGAUGCGUUCCAGGCGGCGUUCCCUCUCGAGUCUGACAUCAAGACCAUGGAUCCCGCCGCCUCCUCAGAGGCCGUCGCCGCAGCCGCCACCGCCGCCAACAUCGCCCUGGCCGGGCGCCUGGCGAGCGAGCAGGUGGAGUCAGCAGUGGCCGCCGCAGAGGAGGGCUUCAAGGAGGGCAACACUCUCGAGGCCACCGCCAAGGCCGCCGUCGCCGCAUGGCGCUCCGCACAGGCCGGUGAGGCCGCAGGCAAGGCCGAGGCAGUGGCGCUCAACGCUGCGCAGCUGUCCCGCUCAGCUCACACCAAGGCCGCCCUGGCCGCCGCCAUCUCUGCCUCCCAGGCAUACAACCAGGCAAAGUCAAUGGCGAUCGAGGCCGCUAUGGCGCAGAUGCGCGCGGCCAACGCAUCACUCAAGGCGGUGGAGGACGGCAUCCAGCUGCACGCGACCAACCGCGACUACGGAAAGCUCAAGGAGACCGCCGAGGCCUCCGGGCUGGCCGCAAAGGCCGUCACAAGCGCCCAGCUGGCAGUCGAGGGCUGGAACGCCAACACAGUGGAGAGCCGCGCGGCGGCCAUUGAGGCAUCCAAGGACGCGUCCGAGGCCUCGCAGCUGUGCCACAAGUUCAUGCGCAACAUGACCACCAAGGCCUGA